AUGAAGCGCCCUUGCGAGGAGACGACCUCUGAGAGCGACAUGGACGAGACCAUCGACGUGGGGAGCGAGAACAAUUACUCGGGGCAAAGUACUAGCUCUGUGAUUAGGUCGAAUUCGCCAACAACAACAUCUCAGAUUAUGGCAAGAAAGAAAAGGAGAGGGAUAAUAGAGAAAAGGCGUCGAGAUCGGAUAAAUAACAGUUUAUCUGAGUUGAGACGACUGGUGCCAACCGCUUUUGAAAAACAAGGAUCUGCAAAGUUAGAAAAAGCUGAAAUACUUCAAAUGACAGUAGAUCACUUAAAGAUGCUGCAGGCAACUGGGGGUAAAGGCUACUUUGACGCACACGCCCUUGCCAUGGACUUCAUGAGCAUCGGCUUCCGGGAGUGCCUAACGGAAGUGGCGAGGUACCUGAGCUCCGUGGAAGGCCUGGACUCCUCUGACCCACUGCGCAUGCGCCUGGUCUCGCACCUCAGCUCGUGCGCCUCGCAGCGGGAGGCGGCGGCCAUGACCUCCUCUCUGGCCCACCACCAUCACCCGCUGCACCCGCACCACUGGGCAGCGGCCUUCCACCACCUCCCGGCAGCCCUACUCCAGCCCAACGGACUCCACGCCUCGGAGUCCACACCCUGUCGCCUGUCCACCACUUCGGAAGUGCCUCCUGCCCACGGCUCCGCCCUCCUCACCGCCACGUUCGCCCACGCGGAUUCCGCCCUGCGGAUGCCCGCGACGGGCAGCGUUGCCCCCUGCGUGCCGCCUCUCUCCACGUCUCUGCUGUCCCUCUCCGCCACCGUCCAUGCGGCCGCGGCCGCAGCCACUGCAGCUGCGCACAGCUUCCCUCUGUCCUUCGCCGGUGCGUUCCCCAUGCUCCCCCCAAACGCAGCUGCCGCCGUGGCAGCUGCCACAGCCAUCAGCCCGCCCUUGUCGGUAUCAGCCACGUCCAGCCCUCAGCAGACGGGCAGUGGGACAAACAGUAAACCUUAUCGACCCUGGGGCACAGAAGUAGGAGCUUUUUAA